AUGGUCCUUUUUGAAGUCCAAAGCGAAGGAGAAACUGCAUCAACUGAGCCAGCAAUCGAUGAUGACCAAGUAAGGACUGUAAAAUAUCAUCUUGGACCUGAUUUCUUGAAGCUGAGAGCACUUGGAAGUACUAUUGAAUUUACAGUGGGUCCUAAAGAAGUGAGGAACUUCCGAAUGAUAGAAAGGCAUUAUUUCAGAAAUACACUUCUUAAAAACUUUGAUUUUACUUUAGAUUUUUGCAUCCCAAAUACAAGGAACUCUUGGGAAGUUAUUUAUGAAAUUCCAGAACUGCCAGAAGACUUGCUCCAGCAAAUGAUUGAUAACCCUUGGGAAACUAAAUCAGAUAGCUUUUACUUUGUGCAAGACCAACUUAUUAUGCACAACAAGGCAGAAUAUAAUUACUCCCCAUUAAUUUAA